AAACAAUAAAAAACGAAAACAAAACAAAAGGGAAUGAUGAGAAAUUGAGAGAGGGUGAUUGGGUUACGUGGGAAAUGGGAUCUGUGGACUAAACGCCAUCCUGGAUCAGUCCUGGCUUCCAAUUUCUUGGAGACUCGUGCCAUAAUCGAAGCCAAAUUGCGAGAUUCACGCGAAUUCACAGCGCUUGUGUAGCGCCUCCCUCUUACGCCACUACCCCAUCACAAACUCUCGUAUAUUCCCUUCGACAAGCAUACUUUUUUUAUUAAUUGUUUCCGUUUUGGGUAUUUCCUGUGGAAAAAAGAGUGGGUUGAGUCAUUGACCAAUUGCGUAAUUCAACAUUGGUGUGGAUCAAGGAAUGGUAGGAGGGAAAGGGGGGGUGAAAUUCCGGCGAGACCCAUCUCGGUGAUCCUUCAAAGCAGGUAGUUAUUGAACUUCUUUCACGCAGAUUUGUGAUUUGUGUGCUUUUUUGUUGGUGGGUCUGAAGAUAGGAUGCUUUUUCUCUAACAGAUCUCUCAAAUCCACUCGCAACCCCGGUUGAUUAGGCUCUUCAAAUCGUCUGAAUUUCGGGAUUUGUGAUUCAACACCGCUCUCUUUCUCUCUCUUCCCUGUUUGUGAAUGGGUGAAGAGGGAAUAGCAAGUGAUGUCAAGAACACUGGUGGUAAAACAAAUCCAAAGCUUACACUCUUGCCCCUUAUUGCUUUAAUCUUCUAUGAGGUUUCUGGGGGGCCUUUUGGUGUGGAAGAUUCAGUCAGUGCUGGGGGUGGUCCGCUUCUCUCCUUGCUUGGUUUCUUAAUCUUUCCCUUACUUUGGAGCAUCCCAGAAGCUCUGGUGACAGCUGAGCUUGCCACAAGCUUUCCUGAGAAUGGUGGAUAUGUCAUUUGGAUAUCAGCAGCCUUUGGACCCUUCUGGGGGUUCCAAGAAGGGUUUUGGAAAUGGUUUAGUGGGGUUAUGGACAACGCCCUUUACCCGGUAUUGUUUCUGGAUUACUUGAAACAUUCAUUUCCAAUCUUCAAUGGAUUGGCAGCCAGAAUUCCAGCUCUUCUGGGAAUUACAUUUUCAUUGACUUAUUUGAAUUAUCGAGGCCUACACAUUGUUGGGUUUUCAGCAGUUUCUCUUGCAGUUUUUUCUCUUUGCCCUUUUAUAGUAAUGAGUAUUCUUUCAAUUCCUAGAAUUAGGCCUGGACAGUGGCUAGUUGUAGAUUUUAAGAAGGUGAAUUGGAGGGGUUACUUCAAUAGUAUGUUUUGGAAUUUGAAUUAUUGGGAUAAGGCUAGCACUCUUGCAGGGGAGGUUGAAGACCCGAGUAGGACUUUCCCAAAGGCUCUUCUUGGGGCUGUGGUGUUGGUGGUUUCUUCAUAUAUAAUCCCACUUCUGGCAGGGACAGGAGCUUUGAGGUCUGCGUCUAGUGAAUGGAAGGACGGGUAUUUUGCAGAAGUUGGGAUGCUGAUAGGAGGGUUUUGGCUCAAAUGGUGGAUCCAAGCAGCAGCUGCAAUGUCUAACAUGGGGUUGUUUGAAGCAGAAAUGAGCAGUGAUGCCUUCCAGCUUCUUGGGAUGAGUGAGAUAGGAAUGCUUCCAGCUAUAUUUGCUUCAAGAUCAAAGUAUGGAACGCCUACCAUUAGCAUCUUGUGCUCUGCAACUGGGGUCAUUUUCUUAUCAUGGAUGAGCUUUCAGGAAAUAGUGGAAUUCCUGAAUUUCCUAUACUCUAUAGGAAUGCUUCUUGAGUUUGCAGCUUUUAUAAAGUUGAGAAUAAAGAAGCCAGAUCUUCAUAGACCUUAUAAAGUUCCUCUGCAAACAUUUGGCGUGAUCAUGCUUUGCCUACCUCCUUCAUUGUUGCUUGUUCUUGUUAUGUGUUUGGCUUCUAUAAGGACCUUUCUAGUCAGUGGUGUAGUUAUUGUUCUGGGAUUCUUCUUAUACCCUACUGUUGUUCAUGCAAAGGAUAAGAAGUGGGCUCGAUUUGGUACAGAACAGCCAGCAGUGCCCUCUGAUGAUAUUCUUGAAGCCCAUCCAAUUAUGUCACAACUGCAUCAAGAAGCUGCAGAUGAGGCUUCUGUUAGCCUUAUUCCAAACUUGUCAUCUACUAAGGCAGAACAAGAAUCUGAACUUUUGUUGGAAGAAGCCUUGAAAGUGGAAUGAAAGAUCUUUAGUAUAGGAUUGUACUAUAUUCUUAUCAGUAAAUACUGCACACAGUCAGUGAAAUUAGAUAAAGAUUUUACCUUCUUGGGUUGUACCCUUAUUGUGAUUCAUUAAGCAACAGCAACACUAUGUAUUCAAUAAUUUGAAGUUAUAUCAGUAUUUUUCUGGGUAAA